UGAAUGUUAUUGUGAUUGUGGUCAUCUUUAUAAUUUGUUGUGUUACAGUAUUAUUAUUAUUCUAGUAUUAGUAUUAAUAGUGUUUACGCAGUUUACAGAAGUAAUACUUUUCAGCGUUAAACUGACAUUUCUCUAUAGUAAAAGAGUAACUCUUUAACUCCUAAGUUAGCUAUUGUUUCGUAUUAACACGAUGUGAGUUCUCUAGGCAUACCCUAAUUUUGCAUGUCAGUGGCAUGGUAUAAUUUCUUUGCUUACUUUAAUUAUUGCCUUGAUUAAUUUGGUUCUAUGAAUUGAUUACAUUAUAUAAAUAGGCCUAAAUAACCUAAAACUGUGAAUUAAUUGAUUUAUAAUGAAUUCAAGAAGAAAAUCACCCAAAGUGUUGUACUGUGUUUUAGCUGAAAACACCUUGGUUAAAAGGGUUGAUAGUAAUCAGGAUAGCUUAACAUUGAUGAUGGGAAGUUUGGUUCACGUUGAUCAAAAAAUGUCUAGUUCUUUAUUUGUCGUGAAAGUUGUGAGUCUUGGUUCAACAUAUGACGAAAGAUUUGAGCAAUAUCAGUGGAUAUGUCCAGCUGAUCGCCUUUUAUCUGUAAAUGAAAUACUUUGGCCUUUACUAGAAGCUGUGCCUUCCCCUAUUGAUAGAGUUAGCAUCUUGAAAGAUAACACAUUGUGUAAGGAGUUAAGUUUAAUUAAGGUUGGAAGCUUAGUCCAUGUUUAUUGCAAUGGAGGUAACAAACUGCAUGCACCUGAAUCAGCGGUAGUGAAAUACAAAGGACCUGUUGCUAAAAAGGGACAUGGAACCUAUUUUGGAGUGGAGCUCUUGGAAACGUUUAGUGACGAUGCCUGUGAUGGCAUGUUUGCUGGUCUGAGGUAUUUCACCUGUCCUCCAGGCACUGGCAAGUUUGUUACUGUAAACGAACUACGACUUGCCUCGUCCUACUCUCCCUCCACACCCUCCCCUACUACCCCUCUGUCAUCAAUGGUAUCACGCCACUCGGCAACUCAAACCUGGACGGAUGACAAACCAUUGCGGAACAACGAGUCACAGGGAAUAAACACUGACAGUAUGAGUGUGCCGUUGAAACCCGGAGAUCAGGUGGUAUGGAUUACAGACACAGGACAGGACAGAGGGGUCGUCCGAUGGCUGCAGUGGUCAGAAGACGGACAACUCAAAGUUGGAGUUUUAUUUGAGGAGUUGUUGGCUCGUUUCGAAGACCAGGAGAAAAGAGUAAUUCCCAUUCCUGCGCUGGAACUGGUCAAAGCGGACGACUUUUAUGGAACAAGUACAGAAAACAAAAGAACAAAGACUCGCACCAAGAGUGAGAGCGGAGGCAGUUCCAGGCAGCCGGAAGUGUCGAAACUGCGACGGAGUGAUUCCUUCCGCUGGACCAGUCCUCAGGAUGACUGCGCAGAGUUGCAUCAUGGGUGCAUGGCGCAGAAUGGCAAGUCUGUGCGAGUACAGAGCACUGGAGACCUCAUCAAACUGGCUUCUUCCCCUUCCCCUGGCAGCAAUACAGACGAUGUGCUGCUGUCUGGCAGUGAGGGUGGGAGUUACUAUGACUCACCAGACCAUGGUGACCUUGGCGUAGGAUCUGUGGUGGAGGUCAAGGUCAAUGAUGAGCCUCACUAUGGAGUGAUCCGGUGGAUAGGGAACAUCCCUGGGGACAAGCCAGGUCGCAGGGUGGCUGGCAUAGAGAUGGAAGAAGAACAUGCUGGUUUCACCGACGGAACAUUUCACAACCGAAGGUAUUUCACCUGCAACCCUCAAAGAGCGUUGUUUGUCGGCAUUAACCAGUGUCGGAAAGACUCUCGGUUCCUCGACGCGCAACAUAACCAUGUGGACUUGAAGACCAAAGAGUUUGGAGGUGUGGACUGUCCGCCAGUGCCGGGGGCCGUGCCUCCGAUCAGUCGCAGUUCAGGGGAUGUGGAGUCUCUGUGUGGCAAGUUCCGAGGGAUCCAGGGUCACCAUAACUCCUGCUACCUGGACGCCACACUAUUCAGCAUGUUUGCCUUUACAAGUGUGUUUGACAGCCUGUUGUUCAGACCGUCCGCCAGCAAGGACAUUGACAGGUACGAGGAGGUGCAGACUGUGCUGCGAGAGGAGAUAGUCAACCCUCUAAGGGAGAAUCUGUUUGUGAGAGCGGACCGUGUGAUGAAACUGCGGACACUCAUGGAGAAACUGAGCUCCGUCACUGGCCUCACGUGCGAGGAGAAAGAUCCGGAAGAGUUCUUGACUUCUCUAGUUGCUCAGAUACUCAAAGCCGAGCCUUUCCUGAAGCUAAGCUCCGGUCAAGAGGCCUACCACUAUCAGCUGUUUGUAGAGAAAGAUGAACAACUGACUCUACCCACUGUCCAACAGCUGUUUGAACAAAGCUUCCUCGCAUCUGAUAUUAAGUUAAAAGAGGUACCCUCUUGCUUGAUCAUCCAGAUGCCGAGGUUUGGUAAAUCAUUCAAGAUGUACCCCAGAAUCCUUCCGUCACAGUUGUUGGAUGUGACGGACGUUAUCGAGGAUUCCCCACGACAGUGUACAGUCUGUGGCAAACUGGCAGAGUUUGAGUGCAAAGAAUGUUUUGACCAGGGGCUCUGCGAGGAAGGGCUGCAAAGCAUUGCGUUCUGCACUCAGUGUCUCGACACUGCUCACUCCCACCAGAAGCGCAGUAGACACACGUGGCGCAGACUGGAAGUUCCUCAAGAGUUCUCAGUGUUGAAGGACCACUGUGUGAUCCCAAGGCUGUACAUGGAGCUGUUUGCCGUCGUUUGCAUCGAAACAUCGCACUACGUCGCAUUUGUCAAAUGUGGCACUGGCUCUGAGGCACCGUGGUGCUUCUUUGACUCCAUGGCCGAUAGAAAAGGAGAACAAAACGGUUACAACAUUCCUGAAGUGGUUCCUUGUCCUAAUUUGCCGUUCUGGCUUUCGGAAAAGGGAGCGGCAACUCUGAACAAGGUGAAAGACGAGAAGAUGUUGCCGGAACACGCUAAACGGUUGCUGUGCGACGCCUACAUGUGCAUGUAUCAGAGCUCCGAGGUGUCCAUGUACAGAUAAAACUUGUGACUGCAUUUACUGGCUAACAAACUAAUAGUUAAUAUUGGCUGUGAAUUAUUUAUUUGUAAAUAUGUAGAGAAGGGGAAUUGUGAUAGCCUGUAUUUUGUCCGUGAGACGGUUGGUAUGUUUCUUACUUCUUGACUAGUAUCAUUCCUGACUAAGCUUUAGGAGGGCGUAAACUUAAGUGUAGAAUGAAACAGAAAAAAGGUUUUUUUUUUAUAUAACACCUAAUUUAUAUUAUUAAACAUAUGAUAUAUUAUUA